AAGAUUUUUCUAAAUGUCAAGACACUCAAAGAACAAUACAGCACUUGGAAUUUUUACAUAUGCUGAGAAGAACAUGUUGAAAGGGUACGGUAGUCAAAAGAACCGUUUAGGAAAGGAUUCUUUCAAGAACUUUGAAGCAUGUACCCUCUGUCUGACUCGUGUCAAGGACCCUGUCUGCUGAGAGAAAGGGCAUUUGUUCUGUAAGGAAUGAGUCAUCACAAAUCUUAUCCAACAGAAGAAGGAUAAAGAGAAAGAGAUUGAGAUCUGGGAACGCCAAGAACAAGCUAAAAGGCUCUUAGCAGAAAAGGAAGAGCAAGACAAAUUCGUGAAGAAGGUCGAGCAAUUUGAAAGAAAAGAAACCCUCCCAAGCGGCUCAAAGAUAGAUUUACAGGAACAUGAGUUUGAAGUCAAGGGCAUCGUCAAGGAGGAGGAAAAAGAACGAAUCUUAGCCAUCAAGAAGUUGCAAGAGAAGCAACUACAGCCAGAUGAGAAGAAAGAUUGGAUAAAAACAUCCUUUUGGGUACCUGAAAUGACCCCUCAGGCGCAUAAGACUGAAGUUAAGAAGCCCACUAGGAAGCUCCUGUGUCCUUCUCAUGCAGCUGAUGAUCACUUUUUAAAGCUGAAGAAUUUAAUCGAUCUGAAGAUAAAAUUAGACUCCGAAGAGAAGGAGUUCAUAUGUCCAUUGUGUAAUAAAACUCUGAGUCAACAAAAGAUCGGAGCUUUAAAGAAAUGUGGCCAUACCAUGUGUCUAGAUUGUAUUAAGAAGUACUGCCUUCCAGACAAAGCAUGCACAGAAUGCUCUGAGAAACUAAAGAAGAAGGAUGUUAUCUUCUUGAAAGAGAGUGGUACCUCCUUUGCUUCUCACAACAAAGUUGAGGCUGAGAGGUACACUCCUGCUUUCAAUGGGUAAGCUUUUCAAUUUUGGCUGAA